ACACCACCGCACUACCUUCCAGCUCGCCCCGCAGCUACCUUCAGCCACCCCCAUCUUGGCCGCACACCACCACUGCCAACCACACCCAAACUUCACCCACUGCCCACCUUACCCUCCAUCCUCGGCACCGACUGCCUCGAGCCACCCCGAGCAAUCCCUUCUCCCUCACCGUGGUCACACAGCCGAGCCCUCACCCCAACUUUCCCCACACUCUCACUUGUCGCGCCACCGCUGCCCUCCAAACCCCACCGUGCGCGCGACCACCAACAGCCAUCACCCCUCGACCCUAACCACCGCACUUGCACCGUGCCUUCACCUCCUCUUUCACUCGCCCCGCUUCACUUCCCCGGCCCCAAAACCAUCUCCGUGUCGCGCCUCUAAGCCAUGGAUCGAGGAAGAGAACCGGAUUUGGGACAGAUUUCUCAAUUGA